ACAACUUUAUAUCUGCACAAGUGUGGAAAAUGGAAAGAAUUUCAAGAGACCCAUCAACGAAUUUCACGAUUGAUCUCAACACUAACCCCAUGCAAAACCCUACUGAAACCAAGUCCUAUCAUGAUGAGCUGAUCCAUGAGUUGGACCUAAUGAAAUCCAAGAACAAGAAAUUGACUGACAUGCUAAAAAUCUUGAGCAGAAAUUACGACGAUGACCUAACUAUACACGAGACGAUGAAGAAAAGGAAGACCGACGAGUACGAAAGUACCGCAAAUUACAAUAUUGGAAAUUAUAAUAAUUUGGUUAAUUGUUGUUGCGAUGAUUAUUGUUCGUCGAAAGUGAUGAAAUCGAACGUAAAGAAAGUUCAUGUUAGGAUGGACGACCCGUCAGAUACUAGCUUGGUAGUGAAGGAUGGAUAUCAAUGGAGAAAAUAUGGACAAAAGGUCACAAGGGAUAAUCCAUCUCCUAGAGCUUAUUACAAGUGUUCUUUUGCACCAAAUUGCCCUGUCAAGAAAAAGGUACAAAGAAGUCUCCAUGAUCCAUCCAUCUUAGUGGCCAUAUACGAAGGCCGCCACCGCCACCCCAACCACCACGACCGAGUCGAUUUCUCAGUCGCGCCACCACCAGAAGCAGUCGGAGUUUCGACCGGUCAAAUUCCGGUCGAAUGCUUAGGUUCCACAACGAGUCUCGGCUCAAAAGAACCCUUCACACGUAACGAAAUCCAAAAUAUUAAUCCAACUUCAGUGAAGGGCAAAAGUGAAAUCGAGAGUCUUUUGGUCGAAAAAAUGGCUUCUUCGUUGACCAAAAACCGCAGCUUCACAGCUGCACUUGCUGCAGCCAUAACAGGGAGAAUAUUGGAUGAAGUUGUGACAGAGAAUAGUGAAGGUGUUGUAUCUAAUUCAAAGGCUUUUUCAAUGUAGAAUGUGUGUAUGUUAUGUUUUUUCUUUUGGGAAUUUGAAGAGAUUGAUAAUUUGGAGUUCCUAAAUAAGAUAGUGGUGAAAUUUUAGUAGUAUUUCUAUAGUUUACAUGAAAAUUUAACGAGCUGAG